AUGGACGAAUCCACAAUUUUAACCCGGCUCUCGGUCCUUGACACCAAUGCAGUCUCUGAUGCCCUGGACUUUCUUCAGCUUAAAGGAGCCACCUACGGCCUCCGGCCUCUCUGGGAUUGCCCAAAGAUCGUCGGCCGCGCCAGCACAGUGAAGGUCGGCCCUAAGACAGGCACCGCCGCGACAGCCCACCCAUUCGCGUCGGUUAUAGACGCAGUCACAACGGACGAUCGUAUCCUCAUUAUUGCCGGCGGUCUGGAGGGUGUUUCCUGCUGGGGCGAUAUUAUCGCCAAUGCCUCGAAAGUGAAGGGUAUUCGCGGGACAAUCAUCGACGGCGUGUGUCGGGACAUUGAUGGUAGCCGCGACAUUGCGUAUCCUGUUUACGGCCGGAAUGUAACAAUGAUCAGCGGGCGUAAGAGGAUGGUACAGGUUGGGGCUGGUACAGCAGUCCAGGUGGGCGGCGUCACCGUUCGCCAGGAUGACUAUGUGAUUGCCGAUAACUGCGGGACUGUGUUUAUCCCAGCGGAGUAUGUUGAAACUACCGUGGAGUUGGCUGAGAAGAUUACCCAUCGUGAGAACCUUAUGAUCAAGGAUGUGAGAGCUGGGAUACCUGUGUCGGAGGUCAUGCACGACGCCAAAUUCCAAGCCAUUACUGAAGACAUUGCGUCGGCAGCCGCGGGUGUUUUGUCCUCCACGCAGAGCCCUGUGCUAUAG